GCAUUCUUCGUUCUUCAUUCACAUCAUCGCACCAGCACGCUGCAUGCCCAACCAGUGUACCGCUAGGUUGAGCGGCCAUUGCAGGGCACCAUGAAUCUCCGCAUCCGCCUGCUCUUCCGCCGGCUGAUCAGAACACUCUAUCGGGAUGUUGCGUUCCAGCGCGAGAUGGCCAAAGGCCGGCCACAGAAACGACUCAAGCCGGAUCAGAUUGCUGCGUUGAGGCGGCUGCCGAGCAAGCGCACGAAGCGGCAGCGCCAUCUGGUGCGCAUGAUGGUGGAGUCCCUCGAGUGCUUUCGCAAGUACCAAAACCUCAACUUUGAGGACAUGGCCGAAAUUCUCCACUAUGAAGCUCGCAUGCCUGGUGAUCUCCUUCUUCGCCAAGGUGACCCUGGGUAUGGGUUCUACUUCAUUGCUUCCGGCAAAGUGGAGGUUCGCAUCAAGGAUCCCGACGCUGUCGAUGGCUACCGCGUCGUCAACGAGCUCGGGGCAGGCGUGUCGUUUGGGGAGGUUGCGUUGCUGGAUCCAACCAACCGUCGUAGCGCCAGCAUUGUGUGCAAGGAGGCGUGCGAGUUUCUCCGCGUCGAACGCGACGAGUUUGACACGCUCCUGCGACAGUACCACCAGCGCGAGUUUGAUGCAAAGCUUAGCCUGUACCGUGACCACGGCAACUUUGACGGGUGGCACGAGCGCGCCCUUCGUGUUGUGGUGCGGGACACCCAUCGUAUGGCGUUCCGGCAGGGCAGGCUCAUUGCGCUCGGAUCCAAGGAGCCGGGCACCCUCAACCGCGGGCCGCAGACAUUCAUCGUGGCCAGUGGCAAGGCGCAGAUCCUGCGGAAGCUGCAUGUUGUGCUGGACACGACCACGGGCCGGGUGACGCUGGCGAAGCAGCGCGACAGCAGGAUGCGAGCACUGCAUCUGCAGCACAAGGCAAUAUGGCUUGCGUCUGAGCCCCUCAAGGUUGGCGACGUUGUGCCGUACAUGUCUGACACGACGGCGCUGGUGAGCGAAGGGUGCGAGGUGCUGUAUGUGCCGCAGACAUCGUUUCUGUUUCGGGACAACGGCACCGUGCUCGACGACAUCUUCAAGCGCAGCUACAUCCUGAGCGCAUCGGACAAGGAGCUGUUCAAGCAGUACAACCAGCUGCAGCGGUGGGACUGGUUCUGCUUCCAGAUGCGAGAGGACCUGAAGCAAGGGGUACCCACCUCUGCAGGGCCGCCCACAUUCACGCCCACCUCCCACCUCUCCAUGUCGCCGUCGCUGUCCUCCUCAUCGUCGUCCCUCUCCCGCUCCAUGCUUCCGGCCGUGCGAAGAUCAAAGUAACCCGCGAUGUAAACGCGCGCUCUGUGUUCUUGUGUCGUUUAUGUCUGCGUGUUUGCGUGUUUGCACGUGUGUGUGUGUGUGUGACCUUGUAUACAUGCGCGUUCACUCGUGCAACUCGUUGAACUUGUGCUUCCACGGCUUCACGCAACGGGGUUGUUAUGGCUGCGGCGCUGGCUGACCUGCAGGCGCUUGGUUUGCUGUCCUCACUUGUGUUACCUCACUUAGUCACUUAUUCACUUAUUCUGCCUUGUUGGCGAGAAUUCAGCCUUCCUGCUUCCUUGCCCUGCUGUUGCGCUCCCCUCGCCCAUAGCUUGCUUUGUUACACAUGACAUUCUGACAUUACAACCCGACCAUCGAAUGGUGUGCGGGCGUGCUACCUGCUCAGGCUUACGGCACAACAAAGCCAUCAAGAAGCCAACAAGAGCAAGCACACAACCCAAAAAACAAGCAAGCAAACUCGCA